AUGUCCUCUACACUUUUUGAUGAUAUCUUUGAUGUUGAGUCGGUGGAUCACGGCAGAUAUACGAAAGUUUGCAGGGUCAUUGCAAAAUCUACUACUUCUCCAGACACUAAGAUAACUAUAGAUAUAAAUACGGAACUUUUCCCUGUGGCAAAGAUGGACACGCUCACGAUUACAUUGGCCAAAUCUCUCAGCAUUGAUGACUCGGGGGACUCCGGAAUGUUCACGGCAAAUGGAUCAUGGAGACCUCCAAAGCCAAACCAACGUACUUUGAUGGAUGAUUACGAUUAUGUGAUGUAUGGUACUGUUUAUAAAUUUGAGGAGGGCUCAAACGAUAAGAUCUCACUAUAUUGCUCGUUUGGCGGUUUGUUGAUGUGCUUGGAAGGUAACUACAGAACAUUAUCAUCAUUGAGACAGGAGAACUUAUACAUUCUCAUGAGACAUUAG